UUGGAUAGGGCAUAACCCUUGGACUCUAAGCUAAUAGCCGUGAGGGACAGCCUGAUCACCAAGAUUAAUCAGGAGCUAGUGAUCCUAAUACCCCCAUCGACAUCCGCUUCAGGAGCCAAGCUCGGUAUCUAUACAUUGUACACCAUCUAUUAGUCCUUGCCCACGCCAUACAGGUUGGUGAUUAUGGUGUCCUCCGAGCUAUGAUCCCGACACUGCCGAUUAUAUUCUUUGGCGGGAAGGCCAAAUCCUAUGGUCUAGAGAUGCUCUACUUCUCCUGGCUACUUCACUCUGACAUCACCGACGAGCUACUCUCCGACUGCAUCUUCCGGACAGGUCUUGUCAGGUGUACUACCGCGGGUAGCGGGUGGAAGGCCAUCGACCUCGCACUGCAACACAUCAACGCACCCUUCGCGCUAGAUAUCAAGAAAAAUCGAAACUCGACUCACGAUACGAGCGCGACGUUUGAGCGACUCGCGGCAGUCAGCCCGUAUACCGCCAUCAGGAAGGGUGUGGAAAGCAGGUUCGGCAUCUACCACAAGGGCACACGGGUACAGCCAUCUACCAAGAACGACAUUCUCGACUACGCCUGCGUAUUAUACCGCAACGGGUCUACCAAAGCCAAUGCCGCGGUGAACUAUGCGCCAGAGGAGUUUGACGCGCCGGAUAUAGAACGGUUGGGAUGGAAUGCGCUCAGCGACAGUAAGAUCGCGGCGUUCAAUGCCAAGGAGGUUCGACCCCGCCACGCCGCAGAUCAGGCAGGGGUCCCAACCCUUGUCGACGAACUGGACUUGGUAGUAGAGUAACGAGGGUGCCCGGGCGUAUAACGAGGAGGACGAGGAUGAAGCGGGCUGGGAAUCAGAGGGGUCUGACGGCGAUGAAGUAUAGCUUGUUUCUACGUUUGACCUUCCUGGUUGCUAAUGGUAUUGUUUUGACUUACAGUGCACGGGGGGGUGUAGGGCUGAUUCAAUGUCACCGU